CCACGAUAGCAAAUCACACGGAGCGCCCAUUUAACAAGCGUUACGCCGAUUGAAGCGUUGUCGGCCAUCUUGGACUCGGGAGAAGAACAACUCACUAAUUUGCGCUCUUUUAAAUUGUUAUAAUCACACAAGCGGGAGGUCUGAAACCGCCUCGUUCAUCGUACUACUGACACGGGGAGGUUUAAAAUACACCGGUAAUUUCUCAGUGCGAAAGAGCAGCUGCCAAGCCUAGGAACGUUCCUGAAAGAAACACACCAAGGCGGAGGGAGCGGGCAACGAUGGUUCAAUCCUGUUCUGCCUACGGCUGCAAGAACCGCUAUGACAAGGAUAAACCUAUCUCUUUUCACAAGUUUCCACUAACAAGACCUAUCCUGUGUAAGAAAUGGGAAGUUGCAGUUAGGAGGGCAGACUUUAAGCCUACUAAAUAUAGUAGUAUCUGCUCUGACCACUUUACGCCAGACUGCUUUAAAAGAGCCUGUAAUAAUAAACUUCUAAAGGACAACGCAGUUCCAACUGUGUUCUCUUACACAGAGAAGCCAACAGGUGGGAACUCUGUGAAAAAGGAAGAGCGAAGUACACCUCCACCUCCUUCUAUUCCUGAGAUGGACCCUGCCAUUGGAUUAUUGCUACCUCCUCCAUACACACCCAGUCAUAUAGCAGUGAUUUGUGACCACAAUUACACAGUGGAAGAUACAGUUCAUCAGAGAAGGAGGAUACAGCAGCUGGAAGAGCAAGUUGACAAACUCAGGAAAAAGCUCAGAAUUGCAAAUCAGAGGUGCAGAAGACAAGAACGCAGCCUGGAAAAACUUGAAAAAGAAGUUACCGAUUACAGAAAUGGAGCUGGUAUCGUGCUUCUGCCCAGCAAUUAUUUUGAACUUUAUAAUGAAAAUGAAACUGAAACCGCUGAAGCCCAAACAAUUAUCAUCUGAUUCUUUUAAAUUGUUUGUUUGAUCAUAAUAUUGGAUACAUGACAUGCAAAUCCAAAAAAUGUAGCUUGUCUUUUUUGCUUCUUAGAGGUUUUGAUAUGUUUUAGUAAACAGGCUUACAUCAAAUCCAGUUUUGUAAGGAAUACUUGAUGGUAUGUCAACAUUUGUUCGUUCGUUGAUACAUGGCAAAAAAAUUUUUAUUUCUUUUUGAACUUAAUAAACAUAAUAUGACAUAAA